GUAUUGGAAACGAUGUUUUAUGUUCUUACGAAAUCAAUCAUAAUUUUUACAACAAAGAAACGAGGCCAUCGUAGUAGGCAGCCUCAUUAGCCAACUCGCUAUAGGGAAGCUGGACGGGAAGUUUUGAUCGAGUGUUCUUCCCACGAUAUCUAUCAGUAGGCAGUUAAUAACCAGACCGAACUACCUACCAACAGUAAAGUGCAUUCGUGCAAGCACGCUUGAAGUGUGUCAGUGAAUGGGAGUGGGUGUCAAGUGGGGUGGUUGUUUUCUCCGAGGAUCGAUAAAAAAACAACAAGCGAAUCCACUGCGGGCCUACUGCGCAGGACUGCAGGAACGAAAACGCAAUACUUGCAACGUAACAAGGUUCGCGUGUUUGUGUAUGUUUUUAUUUGCAUUCUAGUGGGCUCUGGCAAAUCAAGUAGAGCCUCGGUGGUAAGCAAUUUUCCUGAGCUUUGUCAGUUCGUGAGAAGUUUUCGAGGAGUUCAUAACGUGGCGUUGGAUCCAUCCACGAAAUCGGACUUGGCGUUGGCGCUGUUUUUUUUAAAGUGCCCAGCACCUGCAUCGUUACCAGUUUUGUGGACGGAAUUUAGUGAAAACUCACGCCCACUGCACCCGCAGGAUGUAAGGCAUUGAGAUAUUUUCCGCUACUGCUGUUAGUGAUUAGGUGUAAUCUCUCGUUCUGAGAAAAGGAAGCUUAUCUUGAGGAUAUAGUGCAUGUAGUGAAAAAUCUUUUUUUUUUUUGUAUGUCAAGCAUGUCGCAGUAGGACAUCCGAACGGUUGCAAAAAUGGAGCAAGCUCGUGUGCACUCGAAAGGCAAACAUCGAAGCUCGCGUUCCGGUUCUAGUUCUCGCAGAGUCUCUUCCAGUAGCGGCCACCAUAGACCCGACCAGGAGCAAACCCCUAGCAACUCAAGGGAGGACGAUGAAUUGGCUAAAAAUAGAGCACCCUCUGCAAGGGGCCGUUCGCGUGCAGAAGAAAAUGUGGACAGUAGCAGUACAACAACGAAUGCUAGCACGAAAACCAACAAUAACAACAACAAUGAUGAUGAUGCAAUGGAUAAUAACCUAAAUGCUUCUGACCAACCCGUAGAGACGACUUCCAUCGAAACGGUUCCCGGUACUGACGAUAAGCUUCAGAAGGGUAUCCUAGGCUACAUGGAUCGUCAGCUGAAGGUGCAAUCGUUGUCUGAUCCGCAGAAAAGUCCUGCUCAAAGAAGCACCCGUAGUAGGAGUAGCUUGGAAAAAAGCCCACGCAGAAAGCGCAGUAAAUCUGAAUCCCGCAGGCGAAGGGAGCGGAAGAUAAUAGCCGCGGGGGAGAUGGAAGUCCGGCAGGCCAACGAAACGCUGAUGCGCUAUCUGAAGCAGUGUUCCGAUUUCAACGACGCGUCCCUGUCGGGCGACUUGGAGAUCCCGGAAAAUCUGGAGGAUAGACGAGUACAUCGAAAGACUAAAUCGCAGCGAGAGCGGAAACAUCAGCAGAACGUGCCGAAACCCGCUGGGGAUGACAGUGCAAACUAUCAUGGCGAAAUCUACAAUCCCUUCACGCCCGUCGUUUCCCCGACGACGGAAGCUGCCCCGACCAGGAUCGACAAAAUGUACAUACAAACGGCUAGUGGAUAUCGACCAGUAGACAAUACGUACCAUCAUCAUCCACACGUGCAUCAACAUCAUAAUCAUCAUCAUCAUCAGCAUCAUCUCAGCGCCAGGGUGGGUGGUGAUCCCGAAAGCAAUACAUACACAAUAAGCACCGCGGUUCAUCUGUCCUGCUCGGUGCAAAGGAUAUGGCUGCACAUUUCCAACGUCUGCCACGGAUUGCUGGGAGGAUUAGCGCUGGCCCAUCUACUGCUGAUCUGCACGACCAGACCGUACGACUGGGUCGAAGCGUCCAUUCGUCACUAUUCGGCUUUCGCGGAGGUUUACGCCAACGCGUUCUACUGUUUGGCCAUCGUUUGUAUGGUUUCGAUUUUCGAUAGAAUGGAUAUAUCGCACUUCAGUUUUUCGAGUGCUGGCGAAAAUAACAUCUCGUUUCGAUCGGUGAUAAUCAUCAUGACCUAUGCAGCAACGAUUAUCCUCAGUCUGUCGGCUGGUUCGAUGGACGAACGCCUUUACCUGUCCGCCACCAAUGUAACGGUUUGGGAGGAGGAACUGGAAACGAACAAAGUACUUAGUAUCUGGAAUACACUAUCUAUAGCUCGUAGCGUCGGUGCCAUCUUUGGAUGGGUUGUGAUUGGUUUAUCACCCGACCAGGACCAACUGUACGAUCAUCUGCAGGAAAUGGAGAGAUAUCAACUUCAGUGAAUGUUGCAAAUGUGAAGAACAAGAGAAUCACCUUUGUUUACUUUUUUUGUUGAAUCAUAUAGAUGCAUCCGGUAGAACGGAUACUUCAGUAAUAAAUUACAGGUUCUCAUUGAGGUUAAGUAUCAGGCUAAUUUCUAUCAGAAGUGACCUAGAAAGCUAUAUUUCUAAUUUAAUAAAGUGUUAGUUGAUUCCAUUAUAAAAUGAUAUAAUUUAGCUGUACUGUGGCAAAACUGAUUAAGACAAAGAUUUGAAUGACAUGGCCGCACUGCACUGCUGAACAUUUUUCAUUUAAAUAUUUUCAUUUAUUCAUGACAACAGAGAACAGACAAAUAAGAUAGAGCAAACUUUUCCGAAAAACCUGUGUAAGCAUUGGAAUGAAAAUCAUCAUCGCACACAGGUUGGCAUGCAUGAAUCAUCAUUGUAUCAAAGUUUGAAUACAAGGUCCGUAUAGCGAUUGCUGGGCGAUCGUAGCGCCGGCUAGUGACAAGUUGCUACUUGCCGAUAGUAUUUCAAAGUGACAGUUUUAUUCUUACGCACAUUGAAAACUUAGCUUGGCUGUCAGUUCUCAGUGUCAUGACUAUUAGCGUAAAGUACAUUAUUCAAGAAAAAUAAACUUUUCAGUUUCAUUAUAAAGAUCAAGGAUUAAAUUUGAACAAGGAGUCAUUUUUUGUAUUUAUUUUGCUUAGUACACAACGAUUCCAUAUAAAAGCGAUUAUAUGAGUUACAAGUUUUGCUAUAGGAAAACAAAUUGAUUUAAGGAGAUUAUACAUGCGAGCCACAACAUAGCUGCAACGCCGCACACACCCCUCUCCCCUGCCUAACCAUGUAUCUGACAUGAGCAAAUAUAAAAAUUCGUUUUUCAACACACUAACCUUGCUGGUGUGCUACGAAACUGCUACUUAAGGAAGCUAGAACAUUUUCCUAUACAAUCAAUCCGAGUUUUUGACGGAAUGCCAUCUGUAGAUUCUAUUUUGUGCGAAAAUAUCACCCCUCUUCACUUGGGGUUUCUUUUCGAAACAGUCUUAUUUUUUUCUUCUCGUUUUCAUUGCACUUUUUCAAAUCCACUUUUUUCACACACCACUGCAAAAACACUCGCGAAACUUUAAUCGUUUGCUAACAAAACUUCAAAUUUUCUGCCAAUGUACAGAUGUCCAAAGGAAAAUGUUCGGAAACUCUCAUUUGUACGUUUGAAUUUUCACUUCAGAUUUCAGUUUUUCUCAAUAUAAACAAGCGAGUCGGUGCCUAGCAACGUGGCUUCCACAUAUCUUCACCUUAAACUCUUAGGUUAAAAAUUAAAAUUACAUUUACGUUUAUCCAAUUAAUUCAGGAAUUCCAUUUGAAUCAAUAGAAUCGUUAGGAAAUGUUAUUCGGUUAAAAGUGCUACCAGUUUAGAAUAACCUUGUCCUAACCCUGUUUUGGAUAUGAUGAAUUCAGGCCUAUAUGUACCAGUCAAAAGUUACAUACUAAAAAAUCGGCUCAAAGUUGAAAGGUGAAGUUUCACAUCCUUAGCUCGAACGGAAAAUGAAGCUCGAUGUUAUUAAGUUUCUCUACAAAUUCAAUAAUGCGUCGCCUAGCGAAAAAAAUGUAAAAACUUAAUAUCAAAAUGUAAAUAGCUAGACUAAAACUAGUUAAGAAAGAAAAUCGGGAAAGGAAAGAAAAAAUGAACAUAGCCAAAAACAGAGAACGGAUGCUAAUCAUCGCUGUAACAAUAAACCAGUAAGCAAAAGGAGAACUAAUGGACUACAAUAGGAUACACAACAUGAAAAUAUCAAGCAGAUGAUCAAGCAUCAUCGUUAUCAAAAUUUUCCGCGCGGGGACACAACCAAAUUACAUAUACAGUAUUUCAAUCUACCCGAUAAAACGUUCGUUGUCUUGUCUAUUUUUAGAAGAUGAAAUUCAUUGCAAAGUAGAUUCUUUCAAUCCAACAAGCUUCUUUCGAGACAUGCAAACAAAUAAUGCUGAGUUGCCCUGCACCAAAACAAACAAUGAAUCAACUCACGAAACCGAAUAGCAGACCUCAUAAGCUCAGUAUUGCAACUGAUUGAACGAUGCCUACUACACGGAUUGGUGAUUAUCAUAGAAGUAUAUAGACACUUAUAGCAUUUAUGUAAAUAGGUAAGGGGAAAUGAGUGUAGCUUAUAAUUACUUAGUAGAUAUGCAAAUAAAAGGAAAUACAAAAAAUCAGUAAGAAUCACUUUUAGGGCAAUGUAAACAAUGUGAAAGAUGGCAAGCGAAGGACUGAAACUAGCAAACAUAGUGUUAAAUGAAAACAAUACAAAUAGAAACAGUUAUAAGAAAUACACACAAACAAUGAGAUAAUCAAAUGAUAGCAAAUGGGAACGAAACAAAUCAGAUGAAGCCGAACAAAUGCAAUGCAAGUGUGAGUAGUUACCAAAAUAAAAAAAAACAACACCUCUUGUUUUACAAAUCCCGUAACAUAUUAUUACACACCCAUUGGCACGUCACCACACGAAUGCACAUUUACUGUCAGAAACACAUCAAAGGAAAUCAUCAAUAUAGCAAGCGAAUACCCUCGGAUCCAAAAGAACACGUGAGUGAAGUUGAUAUUUCUAUAAUAUAAAAACUGAAGUAGGAAAACAUAUAAAACCAUAUUAUAUUAUGAUACAUACUCGUUUUUGUUGGAAUAUUGCGUUAGGAAAUACAUAAAUAAAUGGGUACAAGCAUUGGUA